AUGGACCUCACAUUUUGUGACGUUUCUUAUACCGUCGAUACUCAAAGGAGCAACCGGUGGAUUCGAAAAUCUGCAACAUCUGUCACUCCCGAACGCAAUCGCAUCCUACAACAUGUCAGCGGCUCGUUUUCUAAAGGAGAACUGGUUGCUAUAAUGGGUGCGUCAGGAUCUGGCAAGACCUCUAUAAUGGACAUACUCGCUAAUAGAGCGAAAAGUGGCACUAUGAGUGGAGAGAUCUACUAUGAUGGAAGUCCGGCGUCGCUCUCAAAAGCAGACACCGUUGGUUACGUUCAACAGGAUGACGUGUUUCUGAGUCAACUCACUGUACGAGAAACACUCAUGUACGCACUAAGACUACGAGUCUCAGACUCACUCCAACACCACGCCGAACGAGUCGCGAACGUAGAGAGCAUCAUUCGCAAACUCAACCUGACCAAAGUAGCCGACACUAGAAUCGGUUCGCUUGGCAAACGAGGAAUAUCGGGUGGUGAACGACGCAGGCUCUCAAUAGGAGUCGAGUUAGUGACAUCGCCCUCCAUCCUUUUCAUUGACGAAAUCACAACGGGGCUUGAUAGUGGAAACGCUCUCCGGACAAUGUCUGUUGUGAAGGACUUAGCUGCCAAGCAUGGACAAACCGUAAUAUGUACAAUACAUCAACCACGAUCGUCUAUAUUCUUUCUCUUUGAUCAAAUCAUGCUGCUCGAUGACGGUCGUGUAGCUUAUAUUGGACCUGGAGGACUAGAUAUAGUUGGGUACUUCUCAUCGUUGGGUCUUGAGUGUCCGAAAUUUAGCAAUCCAGCGGACUUCUUGAUUGAUUUGCUAGAGGAUGCUAGUGCCGUGCCUCCUGCUAGUGAGAGCUUGGACUCUGCAUCGCCUGCAAUACAGCUGGAUAGAGACCUACCAGCUGAAUUCGAGACCUCCGAAGUUAAAAAGAAUCUAGACGUGAAAAUCGGAGGUAUAAGAGGUUCAGCUGGUAUGCCUCUUCGUAGCGGGAAACCCAAACAGCAUUCUCUUCGUGUGUCGUGGUGGCAACAAUUAUUAGCUUUGACUACACGGAUAUUCACACAGACCAUUCGCGACCCUGCAGUGAUAUACACCAGGACCCUCGCGGCUUUGAUGAUUGCAUUGCUGGUUGGUGGUGUGUUCUGGCAACAACCUGAUACAGUAGACAGUAUAGGCAACAGAGUCAAUGCUCUCUUGUUCCUUAUGUGUGUCUUCUCAUUGUUCUGUUUACCGGCAAUCAGUCAAAUAGUAAACGACAGAAUACUGUUUGAACGUGAACGUGCUGCAGGAUACGUAUCGUCUGGUGUAUACUCAAUAGCAACUCUGAUUGUUGAGCUGCCGACACUUGGUGCUGUUGUGAUUCUUUAUGGAGUUGUUGUUUAUUGGAUGUGUGGGCUAUACCCGAGCAUUGGUCAUUUUUUGUUCUUUAUGCUGACCAUAUUCUUGGUCAUUAUCGUUGGUUUCUCAGCUGCUCAGGUAUCUGCCACCGCAGUAAAAACCAAUAGCCAUGCAAUUGCCAUGUACAUGAUUAUCUUAGUAUACUCGCUACUGAUGGGUGGCUUCAUAUUCCCUCAAUCGUCUCUACCGAGUGGAGCUCAAUUUCUUGUCUACACGUCCUGGUUUUACUUUGGAUUCCAAAGCCUGCAGAUCAACGAGUUUCAAGAUCGGUCGUACGGACCGUCUGAGGUUACCAACGUAGAUCCGUUUACGAAAUGGAGGGACUUACUGGCGCUCCUGGGAAUCUUCUUGCUCUUCCGACUCGUGUCAUAUGUCCUCUUAACAACGCUUCACCGAGAACGAAAGUAG